UUGACAGCUGUACUUCCUCAUUCUAGUUUGUAGUUUGUCGGUGUGACAGUCAUGAAGGACGGCAGCAGACCAGAGGAACAGGCCGAGGUUUCCCGACAGGAGCUGUAUGAGGACUAUGUGAGCUGUUACCGUCAGCUGUGUCCGGAGGUCCGGCCGUGCCGCGAUGAGGGGCUCCUGAAGAAGGCAGCUCAGUAUCUGCUGAGAGAACCAGAACCCUCAGGGACAUUCACCGUGUUCCCCUUCUACCAGGCUGUGACACAAGACUGUGAUUCCCCGAGUACUGACUGCAGGAAACAUCUGUCUGCUUUUAUUAAAGCCACCGAGCUGCUGGAGACUCUCUGCCUCAAUCUCUUUCUUCAACCCUGGAGGAAGGAAAUCAAGACACUUAAGGCAUUCACAGGUCCGUUUGUUUACUGUCUCCUGCCAGUUCUCAGCAGUUCUACCAUUCAGUCAGUCCUUGCCUCUAUUGGCUAUCUGCCCCAUACUGACACUCCACAAAGUGAAUACAGACUGAGUGAGGAUGCUAAUCCAGAAAGAGCCAUGCUGCUGGGCUUUGAGCUGCUGCUGGCCAGGGUGGAGUGUUACCGACUCCUGGAGCUCCUGGAGAAGGAUCAGCUGGGACCACAGGAGUGGCUGGAGGUUCUUCAGAGGAGAAUGGAGCCUACAAAACAGGAGGAAACCACAGAAAAGAAGACACCAGUAGAGCAAAAGGAAGGGGAGGAGGAGAAGAAGAAGAAGGAAGAGGCACAUAGAAAAGAGGUACCUCUGUUUUUGGACAUCAGGAGUGAAAGUACAGUGACACCCCAGCCCAAGCCUCGACACUGCCAUCUCAGCAGUGUAGACCAGUCCAUUAUGGAGAUGCAGAUGAUCUACCCUGACCUGGCCAUCAGGGGCCGCCCCCUGCUACCGGACAAACCUCAACGAGCAAACAGCAGCAGGAGCAGCAGCAGUAAAGAUGUUCAUAUUACUAGCGCUCAUAAUUACAGUGAUGACAACACAGCUGCUGACCUCUGCAAAAGAAAUUCUGUUAAAGACACCAAAGCUGCUGCUUCAGCUAUCCAAAGUAAAACUGAUGAAGUGCUUGGUGACAAUGGCAGAGACAGUGGUUGUAAUGACAGAAACAGUGGUGGGGCCACUGCCCCAGGAGACACCAUUAGCAGCAGCAUCAGUGACACUGAUGGUGGCAGAGUUGAUGAUGAGCUCAGUGGUCCUCAGGCCAUUUCCUUGCACAUCACACUGAGAGCUGGAUCCAAAGCAGAGCAGAACGUGGAGCCUGGAGAGCCUCAGCCCAUAGCAGAGCCUCCUGUCAGGACACACCAGCAGACUGUGGCAGAGCUACAAAAUAAGAAACCAGAAAACCCAAAGCUCUCCUCUCUGAGCUCCAUGGACGAGGCACAGGAGCUGAGAGAGCUGGCAGAGAGGAUGGGCCAGCUCCAUGUGCAGGAGACCAAAGAGGAAGUGAAGACAAAAGAAGAAAAUAAAAGAGGAGAGGAAAACACAAAUAAAGAGAGGAGGAAGAAAGGAAGAAAGGUAAGCACAGAGAAAGAGGCAGAGGAACAGAGCCUCAGGAAGCCAGUGAUGGAGACUGGUCCAGCGCUGACCCACUCUGCCAGUAGAUACACCAGAUCGUCUCAGUCUGAUCCUGCGGUGAUGAAAGAGCAGAAGCAGCCCACUGUGUGUCAUCGUUCACCGCUGACCAUCAGUACAGCAGACUGUCAGAGCUGUAAAGGAGGAGGCAGCACAGGGCAGCAGGAGGGAGAAGAUACUGUGAGAGCAGAAACAGGCAGAGGAGAGGAGGAGCAGCUGGCACAAAGCUUUGUUAUAGUCGAGCAUCACAAGAAAUAACAUGCUCUCAAGCUUCAUUUACAUGUAUAGAAAUUAUUAAUGAAACUGCUGAGCAAGCCCCAAACUGAUACAAACUGUAAUCAACCGGUAAGCCAAGAUUUAACAACACACAGGUACAGAUUUAAAGAGCAGAACAAGAUUUUAAUGCACAUCAUAAUUUUAUCCACACUGCGUUUGAAAUAUGUUCUACCUAUUCUCAGGGAUAUCCUCAGCUGCUCUGGCUGCAUAGUAACAAGUAAGAGAUAACAGGACAUACCCAUAUAUGGCUGUUAAAGGAAUACUUCACCCAAAAAAUGUUUAUUAGUGUAUCAGUAAUUCACCGUGUGUUGCCUUGAAUUCAUGAAGAAAACUAUGUUUUCCUUGCAUGCCUCCACGGUGAAUGGAGAAUCCAAAAAAGGUAAAUAUUCUUCAUGAAUUGAAGUAAACAGGAUCCACAUUUUACAACAGCAAUACUACAUCAACACACCCAUUAACAAGCAUUCACACAAGUUGUGUGGUACAGGUCUCAUUAUCAAGUCGUGUCCUCAGUAUUUCCCAAACACAUGCAUUUUUGCUAAAACAAUACAAUUUUCUGGCCAUUAUUAAGUGUCAUAUCUCAGGAACAGAUAUUUGUUCAUAGACAUAAUUAGUGACACGAAUUUUGGGUGUCCACCUUGAAACUGUGCUGAUUGUAAAGAGUUUCUGUGCUGCUGGGGGAAAGAUG